AUGCUAAAUUUUUUUUUGAUACCUUUGGUUCUUCUUUCAAUUCCACAUGCGUCUGCUGGAGAACAUAGUGACUUCUUUUCCACCCAUGCAAAUGAUAAGUACAACAACAAUAACAACAAUAACAACAACAUCAACCAAUAUAUAAAUGAGAUCUCAAGCUCGGUUGAUGCUCAGUCUUCCAGCAGCUUGUUCACCGAUUUAACACAGUCUCCAACGCCUGUUGUUUCUCUUACCUCUUUGGAAAGCUCAAGCAGCGAGACAUUUUCAGAUCCGACACCUACAACUACUCCUAUGCCUACAUCUACAUCCAGCCUUGACUUCUCUCCUACAGAAACAAACACCCAACAAUCUGCACCUUCUACCACAUCAAGCAGCUCAGACGCUCAAAUAAUAUCACCGUCAUCGUCCUCAUCAUCUUCAGAUACGCUUAAUUGGGGGCUGUUUUAUACUCCUUCACCAUCAUCCUUGACCGAAUCAACCUCAAGUGAGGAAACAUCCUCAACACCUACUCUGGCAGAUUCAACUUCUUAUACACCGGCACCUAUUACUUCUAGUACUUAUACUUCAUCUUCAUCCACAUAUAACCAGCAAGAUACGUCAGAGACAAGUUUAGAUACCAUCUCUCUUUCAAGCCCAGCUACUUCAUUUGAAGUGUCUUCUGAUGUCCAGAGUCGUGCAACUGCUUUGGGGUUUUCGAAUUUAGAGUCUACCACCAGCUCAACAGAAGCAACCAGCUUACCGGAAUCAACGAGCUUGAAUGAAUUUACUAGCUCAACCAGCUCUACUAGCUCAACCGACUCUACAAGUUCCACAGAACCUACUAGUUCCACAGAACCUACUAGUUCAACCGACUCUACGAGUUCCACAGAACCUACUAGUUCAACUGACUCUACGAGUUCCACAGAACCUACUAGUUCAACUGACUCUGCGAGUUCCAUAGAACCUACUAGUUCAACCGACUCUACGAGUUCCACAGAACCUACUAGUUCAACCGACUCUGCGAGUUCCACAGAACCUACUAGUUCAACCGACUUUACGAGUUCACUAGUUAGUAUACAACCAUCUUCAGAAUCUACUGUAGUUUGGGGACCUACUCAAACCAGCUUUUCAUUUGCUUCGACUCCAGACUGGGAUUUAAUUUUUCAUACCACAGUAUCCUCAAGCGUCACUACGGGUGGUAGCGAAGGGUCAGUUUCUGCAUCGUCAGUAACAACUCCUUCCUCUGUCACUGAUACUUAUUCUUCCGACACUUCGGGUAGUCUUACUACUUCAGAAGUGGAAUCAUCUAGUGUAUCCUCCACUGAUGCCACCCAGCCUGACAGUGUUUUGAUUUCUCCAUCCUCUUCAUCAAGUGAUGGCUCAAGUAGUUCAGAGACACAAACGACUUUCUCUUUUCCUGUCUUAAGUUCGUCAAACGAUAUACCUGCAUCGACGUACACUCCAAGCAGCACACAAGUCUCUACAAGUGUCUCUGUUCAACUAAGUUCUACAUCUUCAGAGUUGUUUUUGUCAACUAGUGUCACAAGCAAUACCGAGGCUUCAAUGAAGUUCUCUAGUUCUUCUGCUUCUGAUAUUCUAUCCUUGUCGACCCAAAUCCCAAGUAGUAACGAUGUUUUGUCCACAUCAACACCUUACAGCUUCAGUUCAACUGACUCGACUUCUGUUGGCAGGUCUACAUUUUCUGAAGUUUCUAAUAGUACCGACACUUCAUUUAUUGCUCCAACUUCUUCUACUUCAGAAGUUUUUGACACAAGCUCAGGUUCGUUUAUCCCUCCAACAUACUCUACAUCAGAAGUCUCAAGUACUCCAAUUUCAACAUCCACAUGGGUUUCAAACGUUACUCCAGCUGCAUCCACUGUGAGCUCAAGAUCAUCUGUUUCUUGGCCCUCAACAUCAAGCCAGCAAUACGUGCAACCUUCAUCACUUACUAGUACAGUCUUACCAUCCACAUCUGUGGUUUCGACUUCGAGUAUUUCUGCUAUUACAAAGGCAUCGUAUAUGGGAGUGAGUAGUGAAAUUGAGUCGCAUUUUUCUGUUUCUGCAAUUUCAUCAUCAUCCCAGGCAUAUACUUCUGACUUUCCUUCUUAUCCAGUCACCACAUCUACUUUCUCAUCCAGUCAGCCUGUUGCUCAAAAUCAAAAUACCGUGCCAGUUUCAGUUGCCACCUCGAUAUCUAACCCUGCACCAGUUUCGAACAUUGUAACACAGACUCCUGUUAAUUCCAACCCAGCUACUACUAGUUUUGUUGAGACAAACGCACCUCAAUCUCAAGAUACAUCAACUUCAGAGGAAACAGGUAAAAAUGCCACUACGUCAUCUUCCGGUAUCUUAGUCUUAACAACUACUUGGUUGCCCACAGUAAUUAUUGCUGAAACCAAAACGCCGUCUGAUGCAUCAGCCGAGGCAACUUCUACAUCCCUUGCCACUGCCUUGUUACCACGUGCCAUCAUGCCGACUAAUGUCGUGAAUGAAAACCCAGAUUUUGAAUUAGUUACUAUUGGAUUUACUGAAGCUCUUAAUUAUGCGUUUGUCGUUCAACAUUCUCUUUCAUCUGCCCAGAUCUUUGAAUAUUUACCACUAGUUCUGGCUAAUGGUUUCCCGGAGGUUUCAACUAAACAUAUUGUUGUCAAAAGUUUAGUGCCUUACCAAUCAGUCCAGGUUGAUUAUAUGAUUACGGUUGCUGAGGUUUAUUUUGAUAAAAAAUAUAUUGAUGAAUUACAAGACGCAGUAACUAACCGCACAUCAUUAAUUUACAGUAACCCAGAUAAAACAAUCAGUUCUUUGGCCGAGUUAAUUGAUCCGAAGAUUCCAGUUGAUGGUUUACUAAGUUCCUUGAAUGCGGUACAGUCUGUCGGUUCUUCAGAUAGUAACAAUAGAGCAAGUGGGGAAAAUUCCCGUGAAGAAAACAUUGCCGCUUCGUUGGGUUCCCUCGAUAGCGAUGCCAUUUCCGCAUCUACAACUCCAGCUUCCAAAAAAGUGGGUGGCAUCCGCAGGUUUUUUAUAAUUUUUUUCUCUGUGUUAGGAGCUUGUCUUCUUUAUGGAGCUAUCGUCAUUUACUUUUUCAGAAGAAAAAUGAUGAAACACCGUUUACCCGAAGAUAAUGAUUGGUCUGAUAAUGAUUUCUCGUCUUCUGAAGAUAAAUUCAUAAGCAAAGAGUUCAAAGAUCUUAAUUAUAGUGGUUCGCUGGGAGAUGUGAGACUGAAUCGUUCUGAAUCGUCUUUGAAUACUAGCCAAAAUCAUAGCUCAAUUUCUAACAUUCUUGGGUUUAUUAAGAAACAGGAAAGCCCUAGGAGUAUUCCUGAAAUAUCAGCACCAGUUAAUGUCAAAAGUUCAUUAGGUUGGUAA